UCUGAAAAGGCUUAUUUUCACAUUUCUCUUAUUUUAAGACAUUGGUACAAAGAUGAAUUUAUAGAUGCAGUAGUUGUUAAUGAGCCAUUUCUUAGAAGAAAUUUAUUAGAAAAGAAUAGUUCAACACUAUCUUUACCUUCUUUUCUGGAUGUUGCUGAUUUGUGA